AUGCGGAGCUGCGAGAGGACGCGGGGGGCUGCGGGCUGGGCUGCCCCGCUACUCCUGCUGUGGCAGUGCCUGCCGACGGCGCGGCCCUACAACCUGGACACCCGGCACGCGCUGCUCUUCCGCGGGGGCAACGGGACCCUCUUUGGCUUCUCGGUUCUUCUGCACGGCCACGGCGAGGAGCGAUGGCUGGUGGCGGGCGCGCCCCGGGCCACCUGGCCCGCCAACACCUCGGUGGUCAACCCUGGGGCCAUUUUCCGGUGCCGGAUCGGCGGGAACCCCCACGGGCAGUGCGAGCAGCUCCAGCUGGGCAACCCCAGAGGAGAGUCCUGUGGGAAGACUUGUUUGGAAGAGCGUGAUAAUCAGUGGCUGGGUGUCAGCUUGUCAAGGCAACCAAAAGAAAAUGGAUCUAUCGUUGCUUGUGGACAUAGAUGGAAAAAUAUAUUUUACAUGAAAAAUGAACACAAGCUUCCACAUGGUAUUUGUUUUGCCAUGUCUUCUGACUUUCGAACUGAACUGAGCAGAAGAAUAUGCCCCUGCUAUAUUGAUUUUGCACGAAAGUUUGGAGAAAACUAUGGGUCAUGCCAGGCUGGAAUUUCUAGUUUUUAUAUUGAGGACUUAAUUAUAAUGGGAGCCCCUGGAUCAUUUUAUUGGACAGGUUCUGUUUUUGUAUACAAUACAACUGCGAAUACAAUCCAUGCGUACACAGAUUCAAAUAACCAAGUGAAAUUUGGCAGUUAUCUAGGAUAUGCUGUUGGAGCUGGACAUUUUCUGACACCAGCCAGUACAGAAGUAAUUGGAGGGGCUCCCCAACAGGAGCAGACUGGUAAAGCCUACAUUUUUAGCAUUGAGAGGCAACUAAACAUUCUAUUUGAAUUAAGAGGUAAAAAGCUUGGUUCUUACUUUGGAGCUGCAGUUUGUGCUGUGGACCUGAAUUCAGAUGGCUUCUCAGACUUGCUAGUUGGUGCUCCAAUGCAAAGUACCAUCAGAGAAGAAGGAAGAGUUUAUGUCUAUAUUAAUUCAGGUUCUGAAGCAAAGAUGGUUGAACUGAACGUAGAGCUCAGUGGGAGUGACUCAUAUGCAGCGAGAUUUGGAGAGGCCAUAGCCAAUCUAGGAGACAUAGAUAAUGAUGGUUUUGAAGAUGUGGCAAUUGGGGCUCCACAAGAAGAUAAUCUAAAAGGGGCUAUUUAUAUUUACAAUGGCAGGGAAGAUGGAAUAACACCAUCAUUUUCACAGAGAAUACAAGGACAUCAAGUCAGUAAUUCUUUAAGCAUGUUUGGACAAUCCAUAGCAAGUGGCAUUGACACAGAUAACAAUGGAUAUCAAGAUGUAGCAGUUGGUGCAUUUUUCUCCGAUUCUGCUGUGGUGCUGAGAACAAAACCAGUGAUAAUUGUUGAAGCUUCUUUAAAACAUCCUAAUUCAAUAAAUCGAACUAAUUUAAACUGCAUGGAAAAUGACCAGCCUGCCACCUGCAUGAAUUUGAAGAUAUGCUUUAGCUAUAGAGGACGAGAGGUACCUGGUUAUAUUGUAUUGCUUUAUAAUCUGAGUGUUGACGUGACCAGAAAAGAGGAUACACAAGCAAGGUUCUAUUUUUCCUCCAAUGGAACAUCUGAUACAAUCUCAGGAAAAGUAAAGAUUUACAGCAAGAAUACUGCCUGCAAAGAUCAUCCAGCAUUUAUGAGGAAAGAUGUAAGGGAUAUCUUGACUCCUGUACAUGUUGAAGCGAGUUAUCGUCUGGGGCAUCAUAUUCUACAGAAAAGAAAUGCUCAAGAAUUUUCACCACUUCAACCUGUUCUUCAACGGAGGAAGGAAAAAGAUAUUAUAAAAAGCAAGUUUAUUUUUGCACGACAUUGCUCCCAAGAAAAUUGUUCUGCUGACUUAAGAGUUUCUGGAAAAGUUGUUUUUCCAAAGCCUCAUGAUAAGAAAACAUAUCUUGUUGUUGGAAGUAUGAAGACUUUAUUGUUGAACAUUUCUCUGCUUAAUGCUGGAGAUGAUGCAUACGAAACUGUCCUCCACAUUCAGAUCCCUAAAGGUCUUUAUUUCAUUCGAGUUUUAGAAUUGGAAGAAAAACAGAUACACUGUGAUGUGUUAGAUAAAGAAAUUCAUGCAGUAAAACUUGAGUGCAGUGUUGGUUAUUUAUAUGUAGAUCAAAAAUCAAAGCUGGAUUACAGUUUCCUCUUGGAUGCAAGCUCGUUUACCAAAGCAGAGGAGGACCUUAACAUCAUUGUUAAUGCUACCUGUAAAAAUGAAGAUGGAAACAUGUUGCUGGAUAACUCACUAACUUUAGCUAUACCUCUAAAAUAUGAGAUUGAGUUAAAUACUCAUGGGUUUGUGUCACCAGCUUUGUUUGUUUAUGGAACAGAAGAGAAAGAUUCACCAGUUACAUGCAUGAAGGAGAAUAUCAACUUCACUUUCCAUGUUAUCAGUGCAGGACCGAGCAUGUCUCCAAACACUAACUUAGAGAUAAUGAUACCAAAUGCUUUUGCACCCAGGGACUUCAAAUUAUUCAACACACUGAAUAUCAAGACAACAGUUGGACAGUGCUCCUAUAAUACAUAUCCCAGAAACUGUACUGCAGCAGAAAAAAAUGAAAAUAUAUUAAAGGAUGUCGUCACUUUCUUUUCAAAGCCUACUAAGAGACAAAUGUACUGCAUGAAAAAUGACAGCCUUUGCUUACAAAUACAUUGCAAGCUUGGCAACAUGGAAAGCGGAAAAGAAGCGACUGUUCAGUUGCAUCUGGAGGCCACUCCUUCACUUUUAGAAAUGGAUGAUGCAUCAGCAUUGAAGUUUGAAGUAAGAGCAACAGCCUGGCCAGAAAAAAAUGCAAAAGUUAUUGAACUACAUAAGGACAAGCAAGUUGCAUAUGUCUAUUUGGAAGGAAUGCACCACCUAAAGCCAAAAUACCAUGUUACUGUGCUAAUUAUUGCCAUAGGCUUAAUAAUUGGUGUUACCUUGUUUUUGCUUCUUUCAUUUAUAUUAUGGAAGAUUGGCUUUUUCAAAAGGCAAUACAAACCAGUCCCUCAAGACACGAACAGAAGAGACAGCUGGAGUUUUACAACUGGGAACAAAGAUGACUAAGAUGGCAAAUAAACAUUUGAUUUUAAAAUGAAGAAAUUAAGAUUCAGAUUAAUUCACAGAAGAAACAUCAGCAACAAGAAAACUAGGCCUCGAGCGCGCUCGCUCUUACAAAACACACUUUAUUUCCUUGAACUGUACGGAGGACUACAGCUUACAGUACUGUUGUUCUAAUAUGAAAGUGGUAAAACAGUUGGUUCUAAAGUCUCACAGUAGUAUUUGAAAUGCCAGAUAUAUACAUACAUGGUUUCAUACAGACAGAAGAACACUAAAGAGAAGAAGAAUUACUUACCAGAAAGAAGCAUUUCUAGAAAGUAAUAAUUUUUGGCCAAUCCUGAAAAGUCAAGAUUUCGAACACAUUAGCAGGAGUUAUUCUAGUAAUUUUGAAGUUUUAAUAAUAUUUGGAUUAGACAUUCAAGAAGAAAUCCUCUCUCAUCUUGCUUUGGCAGUUUAACAAGGGUAAAUUAGCUUAAACCAACAGAAGGACUGUAAUUAGAGCACACGGAUGCAGAAAAGGGCUGUCAGAAGCUCUCUCGGGCUUCUGAAGGUAACCUCAAAAGCUUUGGCUUCACAGGCACAACCACAUCAUUGAAGAGACUUAGAUACCCAGGCAAGCCAGAACCAGGAAGGUCAAAGGUGGAUUCAGAGCAGGGAAUUACGUGGGGUAGCCUGGAUAUGCAGCUGUAGAGAGUAAAGUAUUGUAGAUCAUAAUUUGUUGCCAUCUUUAACAUGGUACUUGCAAACAUGACAGAACUACUUGCUUCAUCCUUUCCUCAGAUAGUGCUGCCAUGAUGUUCUGGACUUCUCCAAUGAAUUAUUUCUAUGUGGGUUUUUUUGAAAGCAAGUAUUUAUUUUUAUUUAUUUAAAGAUUUUUCUAUAGUACUUAUCCUAGUAGUAUUUAGUGCUGGCAUUCUUCCAGAACCCAUAAAAAAAAAAGACUUCACCUGACAAAACAGAGACAUGCAUACCCAAGAGCCUCCAGCUGCCAACCUUAACGGGCCAAAUUUUGUCUUUAGAUGUGCCAACCUAUACCUGAAAGUACUUAAUAAGGAAGCCAUUUGGAGAGCUAGCUUGGGUUCUUGUGAAGCUGUCAGAUAAGUACCCUCCAAACAGGCACCCUCAGCAGCAAUGCAAGGGUGGGAAGGCAAAUGUCUGAACAGAAACAUGGAUCAAACCACUGCUCUGCUACUGCAGGAAGUUUCUUCAGCUUGCUAAGUUCGCAGUGCCACCUAGCUUUGGUGAAAUAGUACAAUCCAGGGAAGAAAACGUUACUUUGCUCCCCAGUACAGCUGGAGAAUGUACAACUGCUUCGAUCAGUUAUUCCAACAGCAAUGUGCAGCAUGGCCUUUCUGGCCCAGCCUUUGAUGUCUUUCUGAACUCCAAGGAGAACUGUCAGUCAUCUGUACACACACUUUGAAGCUGCACCAUCAUAUAGGAAUUAGCCUGACAAUCAAAAGCUACACAGAGUGCCUUCAGCAAGUGCUUCUGCUAAUAGAGUGCUUGGUGCCAUAAAAGCCACGUUGUCCACAGAUUCUAAAGGUAGUGGGGACCAUUUUCUAAUUUUCUUUCACUGCAUUUGAUGCCAAAGAUGUGGAUCACUCCAAAGUAUGUUUUCCUCUAAAACCUUCUACAGUGCAAGGACAAAUGAAUGUGCAUAUAUAUUUUUUUUUUAAAGUCAAAAUAAAGUAUGUCAAGAAUGAAAUAUAUUCUUGCAAUGUAUUCUGAAAAUGUACACAAAAUGCUUAUCUUCCAUAUGGCUAUAGUGAAUUUUUGCACUUUAACCAGAAAACCUUUGAACAGAAAUUAGUUUGACAUUACUGUGAAAAAUAUACCUCAAAUAUUGGAAGAAGCAUUAAUGUUCUUUUGCGUACAAACAAUGCAAAGAAGUUAAACCAAAGCUUUUUAUUUCUCUUUGAAACAGUUUACUUAAGUCAGUACAUGAGAUAACGUUGCCUUGGAAACUGUACACUUCCUAUUUGGAUUUAAUUGUUAACAUGUAAACAUUGGUUGCCUAUUCUUAGGAUAUGAAGCAAAAUUAUGAAGCUUUUAUAAACCAAGUUAACAAAAAAUGAAUGUACAAUGUCCUGAUGGUGGCAAGAUUAUAAAGUAUCACUUGAUUUCAUUUCAUUAAA